AUGCUGCUGAAACCAGCAACGCCGCUGUCUGUCCUGCUGUUUGCUGCCUUCGCCCUGCUGCUGCUCUCCGUCCUCUCGACCCCGGUCAUCAAGGGCAUCCCGCUGGCUACGUACAACGACAUCACCUUUGGCGUCUUUGGCUGGUGUCGCAGGAACAGAUGCAGUGCCUUCACCAUAGGCUACAAGGACGAUGCGAGGGACGGCGCCUUUGGAGACCCCAACGCGGACGGCGACUUCAACCUGCCGGCGUCGAUCCGACAUACGCUCUCUUCGCUCCUGAUCGUGCAUCCUAUCGCCGCCUUUCUGACCCUCGUCUGCUUUGGCCUGGCCGCCGCUGCUCACCUCCAUGCUCCCUCGCACUCCCCGCGCUACCUGCUGGGCCUGCUCAUCCUGCUGCUGCCCACGCUGCUGGUCUCCCUGCUCGCCUUUCUCGUCGACAUCCUCCUCUUCGUGCCCCAUCUCAAAUGGGGCGGCUGGAUCGUCCUCGCUGCUACCGUCAUCCUCACCACCUGCGGCAUCCUCACCUGUGCGAUGCGCCGCACCCUCGUCAGCCGCAAGGCCCGCAAGCGCCGUAUCGCUGAGAACGCGGAGAUGAACGGUGAGAACUUCUACAACCGCCAGAACUCCUACAAGAUGGAUCCGCCUUCUACCGUCAAUGUCGAGGCCAAGGAGGAUGCCUUGUCCACUGUUCCAACCGCAGAGACCGUUGCCACCUUCGCGCGGUUUGAGUCUGAAUCUCGGCCUCGAGACGGUGAUAGCAGGCGGAUGCGCCCUCGCGCUCCUCCUCCUCCCGCCAGCAACGAGCGGUACUGGGCACCCAGCGAGACUGACAUAGGAACCAUGGAGCCGCCCGAGACUCCUGCAAACCAGGACGGACCUUAUAGCCAUUUCGCCCCGCCGCGAAGACAGCCAUCUAAAAACACCAUGGCCAACAACUAUUAUGGAGGGCCUAACCAUGGAUACGGUGGCCGUGGCAGAAGCAACCCGUCCAUGAGGAGAGACGGUCGCGGUGGUAGAGGCGACAGAGCUGGCCGGGGGCAUCCUUAUCGAGAUCCUCCUCCGCCUGGCUAUCGCCCGGAAAGGAACCCUUCGCGGGGACGAGACUAUCCCCCAGGUCCCGGUGACCACGGUCCUUAUCCUAACAGAUCUCGUUCGGGCCGUGGCAGACGUGGCGGACCUAGUCCUGGUCCACCGCGUCGUCCGCGCAGAGACGACGACGCCAUGUAUGGAGCUGCCCCGGCCGCCGGCGGUUUGGGCGGCCGAGAUAUAGAAAUGGAACGUUCACGAGGGGAUGCAUACACUUCAACCAUCACCCAGUCGGAAAUCUCCAACCUCUCCGAAACCAACACAAACCCAAAACACACAAAAAGUAAACAUGAGAUCUCCCUUUUUCUUUUGCUGACUUCGUCGAUCAUCCUCAGCGCAUUCAUCCCAGCGAGAAGCGGCUGGACCAAAAAUGAUCAGCCUCUCUCCCCCAUCGACGCCCGUGGCUCCCCAAGCCCCCUUGGUGCUACCAAUGCACAACCCAGAGAUAUGACCCGAUCCCCUCCCCGGGCUGCUCCUCACCCUACCAACACCUACUACGAAGAUGUAGAGACUCGCUUCACCAACACCUCGAAUCCCGAUCCCGCCUUUAUACCGUCUGCCCUAACCCCGGGCAGCAUUGCCCCAGAACCUGACCAGAGGACUUCUGUCGAUGCCGUGCAUGGCAUGCGCUCUCCUGUCAGCGACAUUAGCCACUUCACCUCCAUCUCCCAGCGCGGAAUCAACCCCAAGUGGCAGCCGCCGGAGUGGGACAACCCCCGAGAAAAGGUGCAGAAGCAGCGUGAGGCGCUUCUGGUCAAUAACCCUGACUUCCAGCUUUCCACUGAUUCUACACGCGCAGCUAAACAAACAGCUGGUCUGGGUUUCAAUACUUUUUGCUUCUCUCUAUUCUCUUGUUAUUCAUAUGUCAUGCGUUCCAGGGCCGCAGAGUAUCUUUUAUUGACAACAUCCCUUUCUUUCUCUUUUGAACCAUUGCUUUCACCUGUACAUUCUUCUUGUUGUGUAUGUAUGUUGACACCUUAUGGGUAUGCUUCUUUUCUCUUCUUCUCUUUCUCCUUCUGUUUCUUCUUUUAUUUCUUCUUCUCUUUCCUCUUCUCUUUCUUCAUCUCUUUCUUCAUCUUUAUUUUCAACAGCCAUUGUCUUGAUGGCUUCUUUGAACAAGGCUGGGACUAG